GUCACACAUGGCAUUAACCGAACAAGAGGUUCUGGUAUCUGUCUCGCGACAUACUGAGGAAGCCAUCACGGGACCUGGAAAUCCACAUGAUAGUGUUUCUGUGUGCACUGACGUCUGUAUUCACCAUAUGCUGGGCACCGUUCAUGGUGCACAUCAUGUCCACACUUAUUACUGGAAAACAAAACCUUCUUCUCGACCUUGCUGCAGUACGACUAGCCAGUUUGAACCAGACCCUGGAUCCUUGGCUCUAUAUAUUGCUAAGACGUUCUUUGUUUGUCGCUCUAAAGAAGAAGGUUAUUGCAUUGUCCAAUGUGGUCCGUUGUUUUUACAAGCAAAACAAUACACAUUCUCGCGAUUCCGAACCAAGCGAUGUCAACAAGCCUGACAUACCAUUACUUUUGGAAAAUGGUAAUCGCCUCCUCUUGGAUUGUGCACAGAAGAAGGACAUGGUAAAUGAAAGCCAACCGGAUGUAAUGCUUGCAGAUAAUAGUCUUACUCAUUCCGCAAUGCCGGAUGUGUUGCCUAUCGGGAAACUGCGAGACUUAGGUUGUGUGUGUCAAGUCUACUUAAACACAAAUCAGUUCGCCUCAAUGAACAAUGAUGUUUAUGUAAAAGUUCUAUAUCUCCAUGGAAAUCAAUGUAAUAACGAUGGGGAUAACGGGCAACCUUGUGGCUGUGAAAAGGACAACUCGCGCUCGACAGUUUGUCACAAUUUUACACCAAUUAAUUUAUCGGCGAUCAUGAAAGUGGCUAAAACGGAGUCGCUAUUAAUGCCCCAGAGAAUUAAUUCAUUAAGAUUGCCUGGAAAGAAUCGUAAACGUACGGAUUCAUUUCUGCAGGUUAAGAAUGACGAAUGUUCUUCUAAUGGACGUAGAAAAACGCUUCACGAAAGUUUGAGACGAAGCAAAUCUAAUUCCACCACUGCCUGACCGGUCAAAGAAAAAACCAAUUCCACUACCAGACCGAUCAGUCAUCAUACAUCAGACGCUGUUCACACAUCAUUCUUUAGCCUUAGUCAACACCGAGGCAACUGUAACUGCUACGAUUAGAUGAUGCUUUGCACAGUUAAUGUAGCUUCAAUUUUUUAACGAGUUGUACCCACUAUUUCGAAUUUUACCGAAUGAGGAUGUUUGGAUUAGUUUUAUCGGAGCGAAGCAGCCUUUAUAAAAGUGUUCAGUAAUGCCGCAUGAUACAAUUAAAAGUGUUUGAUUGCACAGACAUGAAUACAUUUGUUAAACGUACCAAUGCCAAUUCAUGUUUUUGUUUAUAUAUAUUGUUUUCUUUAGUAAGUUCAUUCAAGCUGAUCAAAUUCAAA